UUUAUCGGCUGGUCAUCUACCAUGAGAGAAAAUUAUUUUUUUUUAGCAGAGGUUUAAAUGGGGAACAAGACAAACAAGAUCUAGAACAGUUAAACCAUUUGCAACUGGAAUAAUGGGUAAAAGAAAAGGAGGUCAUUCUGGUGAUGGCGGUAAGAAGAAGAAGUUUAAGGCUACUGGGUUUGUUGAUCCAAAUACUAGUGGGGUUUAUGCUACUUGUAAUCGUGGGAGAGAACAACAAUGUAGAAAAGAAUUAAUGAAUUUAUUUUCAGAAAAGAUCGAAGAGUAUUUCGAUUUAGAUAAAGAAGUAUCUGAUGAUGAUGAAGAGGAUGAGGAAGAGAAGGAAGAAGUAAAGGAAUUAUCUAUUGAAGAUCAAAUCAAACAAGAACUUAAUGAUAUGAAGGAGGAGAAGAAAUCAAAGAAAUCAUUAUUGCACCCAAUUGAAUUAGGUUGUGAAUGUCUUAUAUUCAUCAAGACAAGAAGAACGAUUGAUCCCGAAAUCUUAGUAAGUAGAAUAUGUCAAGAAAGUUUUGAAUCAAAUAUUAAAACUACAAGAUAUACUCAAAAGUUAUCCCCUGUUACAUUUUCAGUGAGUCCAACUAUAGAAGAAAUUAAAAAAUUAGCUAAAAGAGUAUUAGCUAAACAUUUCCAUCAACCAACUGAUAUACAAAAACCACUUAAAUUCGCUAUCCAAAUAGGGAAAAGAAACUUCAAUGCUAUUCCGAAAGAUACCAUCAUUAAAGCAGUGGCAGAAAGUGUUGGUCGAGAUCAUGGUCAUAAGGUUGAUUUAAAACAAUAUGAUAAAUUGAUUAUGGUAGAAUGUUAUAAAACCAAUGUUGGUAUGAGUGUGGUGGAUAAUUAUUUAAAAUAUGAAAAGUUCAAUUUACAACAAAUCUUUGAAAAGAAUUUAUCGGAUGAUACUUCUUCAAGUAGAGUUAAAGAUACUAAUGGUAAUUCAAAAGUUAUUAAUAAACAGGAUGAUAAAAGUCAAUCAGAUAACAAGGAUAAGUCUGAAGACAACAAACAACAGGAUACUGAAAAUUAAAUACAAUCAUGCAUGUACAUAGUUUA